UGGUGAUACGCUACCCUGGUGUGGAAACUAAAACGUCUGUUACCAAACAGCAUGGAGAAUCAGUCAACCUUACAUGUGCUUAAGAAUAGAAAAGGGCACUGGAAGGUAAUAACUAAUGUCACAGUCACUGUGAAUGGAGAAUUCAACAACCACACCAACAGGAAUGACACAGCCUCGUUAUAUCCUCCUGGGGAUCCUUACAUAACAGCCUAUGAAGUGGGAGCCUUGUUCAUCUCCUGCCUGUUUGUUACUGCCAUUGUCAUUGUCAUGAUGAAAAAUACCAGGAUUUCGCAAGCAGAAUCUCACACUCUGAGAAUGAAAAGAGAACAAGAUGGAGAGGAGACUCUUAACUCAGACUGCUCCCCAUAUGCUGAGGGCAGAGGAGAGGAUGAGGGGCUCUACUCACUUCUGAAGCUGACUGAAGUGAGAGAUCCUGUGACUGCACAGAACGGAGCUGAAGAACAUGCUGCUGUUGCUGUCGAGACCUAUUCUGUAGUCAUGCUCAAUACUGAGUAUGAGGCCUUUGACCCCCAGGCCACUCAGACAUAAUCCACCUGCUCCCUCAGGAUUGGAGUGAAAGUAUGAGUUACUAGCAGCCAAUAGUUACUCAUAGGAUGUAGAUAAAGUGAGCUAAAGAUAAUGUUUUCAUGAUUGGUCUUUCAUAUUGGAUUUAGACCAGGAUUGGGUGGGGCUGCCAGGGGUUUGUUUGGGAUGAAGGGUGGGAGGGGUUGAGUGUCGGUUAAAAAAACAUUUGUGAUUCUUAUUGAUUGUACAGGUUAUGUGACUCAAUAAAAAACUUAGCUCACAAAAAUGAAGUUACAUUAAAGAGAAAAGGAGGAUUUACUUUCUUUUUUAAUUGAAUGUUUUUGUGUUUAUUCGUGCUCUACUGAACAUUUCCACUAGAUGGUGCUAGUGCUCAGAACUACUGUUGUGCUUACUGUUUCUCUGAUAUAUAGUGUAAUAUGUGUGAUUACCUAAUUAUUUUGUAACAUUGAAUAAACAUUGCAGAAAUAAAA